AUGUUUCUCAAGGAGUCCAUUGAUAAUAUGAAAGAAAGAUUAACGGAUGAAACUGAAAUAUAUGCGAAAAAUAUAAAGAAGUUGAGAAAUCGUCAGUCUGCACAAAGAGCACGCGAUCGUCAAAAAGCUCGUCUGAGAUGGCUAGAAAGGGAAGUUGCAAUAUUAACGGUCAAAAACCAAGCACUCCAGGCCGAAAAUGUCGCUCUUAGAAACCUCAUCGAUAAUGACAAGCCGCAACCUAGGAUACAAGAACCAAUUAGAAGGAAAGAUACGCUACCAAUUAAAAAGCGCGUUCAGGCGCAAUCUGCAGGCGGCAAAUCAUUCAAUCCAGACGUUGACAACAUUCAAUCCAGUCCUCGUAAAAGGCCGAACAGCGACUUCGUUCCGGGAAGAAUACAAGGAAAGUUGAAAAUCAUCAACUCAGAAAAUGACAAGCCUUUUACAGUCGUCGACAGGGUUGCUGUUAUAUCCCCCGUCUUGCGGAAUGAAAGCUGUGAAUCGGAUCGUCCAAGUCAACCAGCAUUUAUUUCUCCAGAUCCAACUAAAGGAUUAAAAGUAUCUACGAGGCAUAAUCAGAAUAUCAACCAGCCGAGUAAAGACGGGCAGCACUUGAAAAAUCACCUUGCAACCAAUUUUGUUGCCGAUUAUGUUAAAUCAGAUCAAGAUAUGAGACCAAUAAAUUACUCGACUGCUAAAAAAGAUCUUGCAUUUCAAAUGGUUUGCUGACUAUGCCCAACUAUUAAUAGCAAUGCAAUGUUCAAAUUUCCACAGAAAUCAAAUUUUGCCCCGCCGAAUUACGACGGACUCAUCCCGGCCUUGUAUUCGCCAGUGUAUCACCAGGACUCCCUCUGGUUAACUUUCUCCAAAUGCUGCGAUGACCACGGCAGCCAUGAGUAACAACACGGACGAGUUGUGAAAAAGCAUCGGAGGUGCAGAAAACAAUCAAGCUGCUCCGCGAAGCAAACGCCAUUUCUGAUUUCGUACACAAGCAGAAAAACAAGUUUUUUGUCCAGAGAUGUUAUCGGCGAUCUACCCAUCGGGAUUCGCCUCUGCGGAGAUACCAAUAACAAGUCCGAAUUUAUUGUCCUCUCUUGUGUUUACCUCCUGGUGCUUCUAUACUAGGAGAGAAACUGCGCACGGAAGGGAUAUCAUCAAAGGAAACAGCAACAGCGAAGGCAAGUUUGAUUCGACAAAAGAUGAAUAGCUUUGAAAGCGAUUGUAGCAGCCGACUAUCAAGCUGAAUCCGACUUCCCGUAGAUAUUGUCACGUUCUAGUGAAUAUUAGAAAUUGAAUCUUCAUUUUAGCUAUAUUGCAAUGCGACCAGAAAUCAUGUCGAUGCUUAUGUUCUUUAUCUUUCGAAAUGUUUGGUAUACUAUUUUUAAUAGACAUUUCGAUACCUCCUUACAAUGUCAAACAAAGUUUAUGCCAAACAGAAUAGAGCCAGGCUCAAAUAUAAAGACACGAAGACAAUACGAAGUAGUAUCAAAUAAAUAUUUUACAGUACCGGUAGUCUGGCCACCAGAUCAUUGAGAUUUGUUCACGGAACCACGAUGAGCAAUUUCUAAUUUUGAUGAACUCAACACACAAAACUUUGAAGUGAAAACGAAUCCCAUUGAGUCCACAGAUAUUUUUGAAAUAAAUAAAAGUAAUGGCCUUCUAGCGACAACAACAAGCUUAAUUUACGGAAAAUUUCAAAGCGAUGGAUCCAGUAGUUGAAAGGAAAAGCACACAACUACAACAUGAUAACAAAACGAUCCAUUAGGGCAUUAGGCCAUUUCGUGUCCAACAAGCAAACAUUUAUUUUUUGUUUAAUAUAACAAAUAAACUCACGACACGUACAAGAAUAUUUUCUUACAUGCACCGUGUACCGACCCGCAACAGUGUUAUCAUUGUACAAAAUUUUUAAUCAUUAUAUAUACGUUAUUAUUUUGGUGUAAGCAAUAUAGUUGUUAUAUAUGCUUUUUGAUAUUUGAUUGUCAUUUUUGUGUUAUUACCAAAAGUUAUGUUCAAUCAAGUAAUUUAUCGAGAAACAGUGUUAUUUUCGAUUUUUCAAUUCAUUUUAUUGAUGUUUUUUCAAAGAGAUUUCGGAUUUCUAGCCAAAACGUUUUUUUUUUUAAUCAAUGCUGAAAUGAGGUAAUUGACAUUCUACCUUCACAAUGUAUUGGAAAAUUUCUGUCGAAUAAUACUUACCUAUUUGAACAUGUAAGAGUACAAUGAGCCUGUGGUGAGACAAAUUUAGUUAGCUUUGUCCAGAAAUUUCCCUGAUAUUGUAGUUCCAAUAUAAAGUACAGCUUAUCGGCCAAUUUCUUAUAGUCUGAGUCUAACCGAAAAGCGGAGAAUCCAUUUGAAAAAUACAUCGUUGGAAUCCACAUUUGAAACAUUAGUCUUCCUCCAAAAAUUCAUAUUUUUAAAACGUUUUUCUAGGAAAUCGAAGACUCUUUUUGUUCUCUCAGUAUUCAUUACACAAGUGCAUUAUCAGUUUUGGCCAUUUUAUGUAUUUUAUAUAUUUUCUCAUUUUCUCAACUACAAAAUGUCUCAACAGUGUUUUCAGUAUACACUAACACCCUUUAUUCUAUUUCAAUUUUAACUGAAACAACCAUUAACAAUAAUUUCUUAUAUACUAUAUAAACUCACGAGCCUUGCUAAAAAGGAGUAAAUGUUUUACAAAUUGUGUCAACUGUAAUAAUUUGUCCGCUUCAAAACUUGGUAGCCUAAUAUUUUAUCAAACACGUGUGAAACUUUCAAUGAGUGUACCAGAAUCUAUUUUACUGUGAAAUCGUAGUUUAAGAUAGAUCUGUUGUUAAAAUAUUGUGCUAUAUGAAUCCAAUAUAAUCACAAGAACCAUAUCAUUAGUAAACUAAAAUUAUUCGUAAUUCAUGUAAAUUCGGCAGGAUUUCGAUUUUGAGUGAUUUUUUUUUCAACAACCUUAUUACUGGGUUAGUAUGCUUAUAUACAUAGGCAUUCUCAGGAAAAUGGGAAACGUGCAUUACUUUUUUUUCACUUUCAUAUUAUUUUAUCCAGCAGAAAAUUCUAGACUUUGUACAAUUGUCCUUGAAGUUACAUUAUAAUUUUAAUUUUUAUCUUUAUACUUUCUUUAAAUGAAUAAGAUAAACUUGCAUUAUCAUCGCCGUCAUUGUGUAAAUAGGAAUGAAAUAUUGAUAAAUAAUUUUCUCAUAUAUUUUGCAUUUUUGAUAGUUUCGAUUAUUCAAAAAUUUGACAUACCUGAAUUAUGACAGUGGUUUAUAAUUUUUAGAUUAUUGUUUUAUAUACAACUUCUAGUAUAAUUCCGUUCAAAACUUUGAAAUGGCUAGGAAUAAUUGGAGCUUUUACUUUAUUUCCUUUAUGAGCUGUCCACGCUGUUUGCAUUAUAUUUUCCAGUUUUAAUUGUACAAUGUGUCAAACGAUGAAAAUUAAGAACAUGUAAAGAUUGCUACAAUUAUAGUGAUAAGAAGAACGGUG